AUGGUAAGGAUAAAGAUGAAAAAGAUCAAUAAAAAAGAGUUUAUGAAAGUCUCUGAAAAAGUGCAAGCACUCAGAAGAGAGCUCAUAGAUAAACAAAAGAAUAUGAGAGUAGGUCCAAUACCACAAGACACCAUUGAUGAGGAGAAAGUACUGAAAACUAAACUGGCAAAGUGGAGUAUGAUUGAGGAAAACAUUUACAAGCAGAAGUACAAAGUACAAUGGCUCAAACUGGGGGAUGCUAACAAUGCUUAUUUCUUUGCUAGUAUGAAAGGAAUGAAGGCUCAAAAUCAGAUCAACAUACUUACAAGUGAGGAUGAGACUGUUAUUAGAAAAGCAACAGUGGUACAAAGGAGGCUGGAAGGUGAUGUGAAAGAAGCUCUUAUGAGCAUUGGGGAUUCAAAAGCACCAGGAGAGGAUGGUUUCAACUCAUAUUUCUUCAAAAAAAUUUGUUCACUCAUAGGGGAGGAGGUUGCUUUUGUACCUGGUAGAAUGUUGACUGAUAAUGUGCUCCUCAGCCAUGAAUUGGUUAAAGGGUAUGGAAGAAAAGGCACCUCACCAAGAUGUUUCUCAAAAGUUCCUAGGAUGGAUAAUGAGCUAUGUCAUGACUGUGUCUUAUUCUAUAUUGAUCAAUGGAUGUCCAAGUGCACCUUUUCAAGCAAAGAGAGGGGUGAGACAAGGGGAUCCACUGUCCCCUUAUUUGUUUGCACCUCACCAAGAUGUAUGUUCAAAAUAGACAUGCAGAAGGCAUAUGACUCUGUGGAAUGGUAUUUUCUGGAGGAGGUACUAGCCGGUAUGCAUGUUCCUCAAAAAUUCCUAGGAUGGAUAAUGAGCUGUGUCAGGACUGUGUCUUAUUCUAUAUUGAUCAAUGGAUGCCCUAUUGCACCUUUUCAAGCAAAGAGAGGGGUGAGACAAGGGGAUCCAAUGUCCCCUUAUUUGUUUGUCCUUGCCAUGGAUUACUUCACAAGAUUACUGAAGAUAUUGAGAAUCCAAAGUUUAAGUAUCAUCCUAGCUGUUAUAGACAACACAACAUACAACUAA